AUGUGGAUGCUCAACCUGGGCCAGCCGAAAAGCUAUCGAUUCGACCUUUUUUUCUUUUCUGGGACUAUUUUUGCGGCCUAUCCUAGUUUCUCGAUGGAUCCCCUCUUUUCUGAGAGGGCACAAGCCAGCCUCUACAGGAUUACCUGCAGAAUGGGGCUUUUGGGCAUCUUCACCGCAACUAGGUUCGAGGGGAACCCGGGCUGGACAUGGCGAGAGCUCCAGAAUCCAACCCGAUCAGAUGCCCCUCGCGGUCAGGACCCGUUGCGAUACCACGUACUCUGCAUCCGUACAGACGACGAAGAUUCCUGGUCUCUUUCUGUACGUCUGCCUUUCCAAUAUCGUUCAUUGCAUACCAAGGACAAGGCAACCGCAGCGACAGCAUCAAAGUCUCUAGAUCGAUUGUUAGGAUUUGGCCAGCUUGAAUCAGGGACACCGAUCCGGGACGUUGACGAUGUCAAAACUUGGUACAACGUCAGGCUCCAGGCCGUUGUAACAAUUCUCGGACUCUGUGGGCUGAUCACGGUUCAACUCGUCAUGGACGCCGAAGAAGGGCCUGUCGUCCGCUGCGGCUUUGGCGACAGCCAAUGA